UCAGCUGUCAACUUGGAGUAAAAAGGACCAUUUGCACUUGAUGUAAAGUAUAUUUGCAAAAUUCCCUGCUUGGGAUUUUUGUUUGUAGACGUUACCGUUUUCCCUCACGACGAUUUGUUUUUAACAUAGUUCAUGGAGCGAGUGGCAUUAAAGGGAUUUGAAUGUUACGAGAAAUUUGAAAUGACAUUACUAAAACGGAAGAAUUGAAAUGCAAUAGUCAUUUAUUUUCCACAGUUACAGAGAGCCACGUGUGGCGGUGGAGCCGCAGGUUGCAGACCCCUGGCCUAAACCGUUCACAUGGGCAAUUAGUAAUUAACUUUCAAUUUGGACGCAUCGAUGUUCGCAAAUUCGCCGCGAAUAGCAAAACUCCGGGAUUAACGAAUGGCCCUCUCAAUGGUUUGUACUGUAUUCGAAUUGCCUCUUGAUGGCAAAAGACUACUUUUGUCUCAAAGAAGCUCCUCAACUGACUUCAGCACUAAAAUGGCGCCCCGGCAUGAGUGUUCCUGUUUGCGAAUGGCAAAGUGAAUUUUGUUUGGCGGCGUGCCGUGAGAUUUGCCACGGCUCCAUCAAGCUUGGGAAACACUGCACGACAAGGAUGUGACAGUGGCAGCAAAGCAAAGCAAAGCAAAGACUCCGCGUGCGUCCCAAUCGCAGAGCAGUCAAGUGAUUUGCGCCGGCGCCCAGUGCGCGUCGGGGAUGUUUCGUGAGGAAGGCGUGCGCCGAGCUGUCUUCACUGAGCGAAAACUGCGACGCCGAUGGCGGCCGAACAUCCUCGCCCGCUCGCGUGGAUGACCGCAACGCGGUGAGACGGCGACUGCGGCGCGUGCGCUCUUCCGCCGGGACCGGGACGAGCCCGAGCCCGAGCCCCAGCCCCGCUGUAUCUCCGCAACUUCGCCCUUUUCACGGAACUUGAGCUCAAGUUACGCGGAAAGGCUUAGCACGCGCACGCCAGCUAAGAGCUAAAGAGGUUCGUGAGGCCGUGUCGAAGUUGCCAUGUUUCGAGGUGUCCUUCACCAAUCUGCCCGCUUUCCGCGCAAACGACGUUUUUCCUUCGUGGCCAUUAAGGUCGCUCGCUCGGCUCACCGCGCUAGCUAGCCUGUGCUAACCGGGCCUAAACGGACUCGGAUGCGCAUCCCGGCAUCCCGGCAUCCCGUGUUCGCGACAGCGCUGGCACGAUCGAACGAGCGACGACAUGCAUGUGCCGUCUUCUUACCAGCCGCCCGACAUGACGACAUGAGCCCAACGUUGCCAUUGACGUGCAUUUCAUCGUAACGCGUUUGUAAAUGAGCGCUAUCAAAGUCGCCCAAGUUCCCAUUUCAAGUCCAAACCGCGACUCUUUCCGCCAUGAGCAACAACUUGGAAUGUCGCGCUCCACAAAAAGCAACACAACGCAAAUUCUUCAUUAUUCAGCGUAAUUGUGAAGUUGAGGCGAGCCGACUGUGAUCGCGUGAUAACGUGGUAAGUUUGCCAGAGAUAAUUCGUUGAAGAUUACGCUCAUUACUGGGGUUGCAGUUUUCCGCGUCGUGUUUCCAAAUAUUCGACACGCACCUUUUAGUUUCACACUGUUGAAUUGCGACCAAACGUCGAACGAGUCUUCCACUUUUCUCCCUGCAUUUCAUGAUGUCCAACUAGCACAGCGAUCAAGAACUCGCCCAAAUUGACAACACACGGAAUGAUUCGCUCUCGUCACACGACAUGCUGGAGGGAUCGAGAUCUUCUUUGUAUUAUUGGAGAACAUUGUAUUUGAGCACCACUCGGGCGCAGAGUCGCAUCGCUACGACAGAUAUUAACAUCAGCUGAUGGAGCUUCCGUAAGAAAUAUUUGGAAACGAUUUAAAUUCUGACAUCGUGUUGUUUUAAGAUGAGCGUAUUUGACCGAGAACUUUGUUAACGUUUGUCCCUGUGCUUUCCUAGUAACCGUCAGUCGUUGACUACUUUCCAAGAUGCAUCGCGGGACACUUUGAGGGCACUUCCGUCGAUACUCACGGCUUAUUCCGACAGCGCUCCCAAAUAGCUCUCCCGUAUCGUGGCCGGGGUCAGCCGGGGUCGGUCACGAUGCCCAGCGUGGCCUCGAGGACCUCUUCGGUCGUCGCUACGAAACAUAACUACGUUCGCGUUCGCGUUCGCGGACGCUCUCCUGGCUCGUCCAACAGAAACCUGCCGAUCAGAAAGGGAAACCAUUGGAUUGUACGACGGAGGUUAGCGAUAUAUACGUGAAGAUAUGUUCGUAAGUGGAGCAGCAACGCAAUAUAUGCACUGGUCGCAUUCCGGUUACUUAUUUGGCUUUGUGAUAUUAUUGUCACAUGUUCAUCUAGCAAAUCCUCAAUGAAUGACCUUCGGGUCAUUCAAAUAAAUGGGCCACUUCCCGGCUUUUGUGAGAAUGCGCUACACUUCGUAGACGUGUAUUUACAAAUGGCAUUUAAGUUGAGCAGAAACGCUGAAAUGUGUUGUUUUGAUGCCACCUCCGAGGAAAGGCAAAGUUAUGCCCCAAAUUUCCCUGCCGUGUUCCGGACGGGGUUUAUGGCCGCUGUUCUGAAACAUGUCAUUCCAUUUUCGAUGGUGUUCUGUUGAAAUGGUGGCUUGAGACAAAGGUCUGCGAAGUCCAUUUGUAUCAAGCAACGUGCUGCCUCAAGAGUGGCAGUGAGCGUCGCUGUGUCGUGCGUUUACUGGCUGCCUGAAGACGAGAGAUGACGAGCUGCGCUUGCUUUAGUCGUGACUUGGAAAAAAGGAGUUAGCUGAUGACAUGGCUGUGUUGCUAGGCAACACACACAUCACGGGCUGCGCCUGGAAUCUGGCAGUAUUGUGUCUGCUCGCCACCCAAACUGGCUGGUUACGAAGACGGUUGAGAUUUUCGCGCGUGACAAAAGCUCUUUUAUAGUGUAAGACUUGCACUUAUGGACCAGAACAGAUUAGUUGCCGAGCAAUGUUCACGCUUUUGAGAGGGCUGGCGGCGCACUGAUGCGCCGAUCAGCCCACACUGUCUCAGGUUCUAUGCACUCAUGCGUGUCUGCCUUCGCUGUUGCUUUUGCGCUUCAAGGCGAGGGCUGUUCUGCAGUACAUUAACAGACCGUGCCUGCUCUUUGGCUAUUAUUUAAAAAGCAAUAGACUGCGGGAAGAGGAAAGUCAGAUAGAUGUUGUGUGCUCGGUAUCACGUUUCUCUUUUUCCUACCGUCUCGACAGGCGGGCGGAUCAUGACGGUGCUCGGCUGAUUUUGUUGUUGUACUGCAUAUGUCUAAAUCCAAACUGCCUUAUGUCAUGUUCACGACACACAACUGAGAUUGUAAAGUGAAAGCAAUCGUCGACAUGCCUUUCAAAUAGAUCGGAUGCAGAACGGUGUUGUCGCGUUCUGAAUAUUCAUAUUUUCGUCAUUUGCUCCACUGGUAAUAUUCUCGCUGCAUACCAACGACAAGGGAAAACAUGUUUAUCGACACGCAACGCUGUCGUGAAUGCAUAUGAAAGAAGCGUCGGCUAGGUUUUAUUACAGGAUUGAUUAUUAGGCUAAAGUUGCAAAGAUUUGAACGACCCAACCUACUUUUCACAGUUCAGUAGAACCUUAAAGGCCCGAGACGAUCCGUUCUGGGGUGAUGUUUGACCUCCGAUUUUUUUCAAUCAUUUUUCCACUAUGAAAUAACUGAAUAUACAUAUCCAGUAGACUUUACACCGAUUUUAUCGGGUUGAUCCUUAGCGGCCGAUAUUUAGCAUUUUAUGCUGAUCGGCCGAUCGGCUUUAGUGUCAUAAUUCGCCGAUUGGUCGGCUCCGCAAAAAGACAUUUACGCCGCGUGCGCAGUAUAGCCGAAUCCAAAAGCUACUUUAUUUUUUAGCCUUGUCGCAGUACUCUAAAUAUCUGAAGUUAUUUAAAAAAAAUAAAUAAAUAAAAAGACGUCGGCGGUGUGGGACAGACGACACGUAAUGCAGACGUUUCAUUUUAUAAAGACAUGCUGCUGAGCCUGGGAAGCUCCCUGCACCUUUUGUUAGAAUUUUUAAACAAAAGAGGUCUAUUGUCUACGAUUUAAAAAAAAAAACCUCACGUUGCAAAGAGGCAUUGAAAUGAAGUGUUGGAGUUUGUAUUAUUCAAAAUUCUGAUGCCAGUAUUUUUCCUUUCACAGAAAAUGAAUAAGAGCUCCAAAUAUCGUUUAUCGUUCUCCUCGGCUACGAAUAAUCGGUAUCGGCCCGGAAAAACCCCACAUCGGUCUAUCGCUAGUUUCUGCGCAAUUUGUGGUAGGGCUUGAUCACUGUAUUGUCUUCUAUUCUCACAUUCUUUUAGCAGCCUUUGCUAAGGCUUGUCAUUCUUUAAGGAUAUAAAACAAAAAAAAAGCAAGAGGCAGAGGUCUUGCGAGAUCUGCUGAAGGCUCACACGAUACGCCGACGUCACACAUGGUGACAGUUCCACUCCGACCUGGAGAAGUUUGUCUCCAACUUUUGAGGCAUAUUUGCAAAUGCACGGAUUUUGCGUGUUAACAUUCGGAGGUCCCCCUGCUUUACCAACAUUCCAUUUUGUUUUCUCGCUUUCAGGUUUAACUAGUCCACAUAGGGAAGAGUGCAAUCCUUCGGUGGGUUUUGAAAGUCCAUCAAUGAAUAAGAGUCCCUGGUUGCAGGUGAGGUGAGGAAGAAGCAUGGGGCGUAAAUCCCACGCGUCGAGGCAAACGUGACAGUAUGUUUUGCAUCGGGGAGGCUCAAAAUGGAAAAGCACCCGUGCAGGGAGAAGAACAUUAACCCGUGCGGGGACCGGCAUGCCGCCGAUGAGCCCGAGGACGGCAGCGGCUCGGAAAGCGACGCCGAGGAGCGGCGGCGCCAGAUCGCUCGGGUGAACGACGGCAGCUACAAUAAGUGGGAGCCCCUGGCGGUGACCAAGCCCCACCGCCAACUGUGUCGUUCCCCGUGCCUCGACCAGCCCAGUUUUUCCCAGAGUAGCACGGUGCGAGAUUCCCGCGAGGAUGAGACGAGCGCGGGGCCGGCGAUCAAAGCGGCCGGUGAGAGGGCGUACCAGACAAAAAUGGACUUUGCCUUGAAGCUGGGCUACUCUGGAGAGCAGGUGGAGAUGGUGCUCAAUAAACUGGGGGCCGCUGCUCUCAUUAAUGACGUUCUUGCCGAGCUCGUGAGGCUGGGAAACAAAGUGGAGCCUGAAAGUCAACCUUGCAGCCCCGCAGCCACGUUGCUAUCGCUUAGCCCCUGUGUUAAAGAGACCGUUAGUCCUGAGGUGUCUGUGGAGGAAGAAUCCGUGGACCCUUUUGAUAACCUCCGGCCUAUUGUCAUUGAUGGAUCAAAUGUGGCAAUGAGCCACGGAAACAAAGAGGUUUUCUCUUGCCGUGGUAUCCAACUUGCUGUCGAAUGGUUCCGAGAAAAGGGCCACAAAGACGUUACUGUGUUUGUCCCAGCAUGGAGAAAGGAGCAGUCAAGGCCUGAUGCCCUCAUUGCAGAUCAAGAAAUAUUACGCAAGCUAGAAAAAGAGAAGAUCCUGGUUUUCACCCCAUCUCGGAGGGUCCAAGGCAGAAGGGUGGUGUGCUAUGAUGAUCGCUUCAUAGUGAAGCUGGCUUAUGAUUCUGAUGGAAUUAUUGUGUCAAAUGACAACUACAGAGACUUGCAAAACGAAAAACCAGAGUGGAAGAAGUUCAUCGAGGAACGUCUCCUCAUGUAUUCAUUCGCCAAUGACAAAUUUAUGCCACCUGAUGAUCCACUGGGAAGACAUGGUCCAAGCUUGGAAAAUUUCCUUCGCAAGCGUCCUGUUGUCCCAGAGCAUAAAAAACAACCUUGCCCCUACGGCAAAAAGUGCACCUACGGACACAAGUGCAAAUACUACCAUCCGGAGCGCGUCAACCAACCGCUGCGGUCCGUGGCCGAUGAACUGCGGGCCUUCGCCAAACUGUCCGCGGUGAAGACGAUGAGCGAGGGGGCCUUAGCCAAAUGCGGCACCGGUCCGGCUGUUGCCAACAGGGACGGCAACUCUGAAGUCAAACGCGUGGCGCCCAAACGCCAGUCCGACCCGAGUAUCCGCUCGGUGGCCUGCGAGUCUCCAGAAAGUCUGUCCGUCGGGAGGAAGUCUGAGACGAAUUCCGUGCCUUCCCUUGUGACUGCUCUCAGCGUGCCCACCAUGCAGCCGGCCAAGAGCCACGCAGCCGGCGCCUUGAACACGCGAUCCGCGAGCAGCCCGGUGCCCGGUUGCUUGCAGUUCUCGCAUAGUUCGCUGGAGCACAUGUGCAGUGUGCAGUACCCUCCCAUUUUGGUCACCAAUAGUCACGGCGCUUCUGUCACGUAUAGCGAGCAGUUCCCAAAGUACGACUCGGUCAGCGACCACGGCUAUUAUUCGCUGCACAGUGAUUUUUCAAACAUGAGCAUGAGCAGUAUGCACAACGUGGACAGUUUCUGUAGCAUGGAGCAUGAGCACGUCGCGUGCCAGAGAAGUCGCAGCCGCUGCGCGGAGUCCUGCCUGAGCCACUCCAACAGCGACUCGUUCUCCUCCUACGGCGACCCGUACCCGAGCUCCGUGGACGGGAGCCUCGAGGAGAGCGUCAAGGGCCAGCAGCAGGCGUCUCCCGCGACAGGGAGAAUGCAGACCUUCUCCCACGGCUUCCGGCACGAGGCGCUCACUCGGGUGCAGAGUUACGGGCCGGAGGAGCCCAAGCAGGGUCCGCGUAAGCAGCCCGCGCCUCAUCUGGCCCCGCACGUCCAGCACGUCGCGGCGGGGGCCAGGUCCAGCUGCCCCGGAGACUACCCGGUCGCCCAGAGCGUCCUGCCGCCGUUGUCCUCGCAGCCGACGCGCUCCCUAGGCAUGACCCGCAUGGACAGCGUAUCCGAUUCCAGGCUGUACGACAGCAACCCGAUGAGGCAGAGGCGACCGCCGCUGUGCCGCGAGCAGCACGCCAGCUGGGACCCUCUGCCGUGCGGCAACGAGUCUUACGGGUACCACUCGUACCCGCUGAGCGGCAGCCUGAUGCCGUGCUGCGAGCGGGUCAUGGUUCGCAGCAUGCCCGACAAAAUGGAGCAGAUUUGGAACUCGCCGUGGGAGAGCCCGCCUGCGGCCGAACACCGAGAACGGUACGUCAUCCCAGAACACCAAUAUCAAACGUAUCGGAACCUUUGCAACAUUUUUCCUGCAUAUGUGGUCCAUUCGGUGAUGGAGAAGCAUCCUCAUUUGACAGACCCCCAACAACUGGCAGCUGUCAUAGUCACAAAUUUGAGAUCUUGUCACUGAGGGCUCCCCUUUUCUUUCUUUUUUUCCCCUCCGGUGAUUAAGGUGCAAAUUUAUCUACUAGAGAGAUUUGGAUUGCAAAGACAGGCGCUUGAUAAAUGUUGCCAAAUGUGCAACAUUUGCCCUCAGGAGUUUUAUUUUUAUUUUUUUAAAUGUCCCCGGUCACAUCAACAUGACGACAUUAAGGCAACAGCAUAGAUGAAGUUUGCCUGCCCUUUCAAGUCCACUUGUAAGAUGUUUCACAUAAAAGGCUCCACAUUUGUGGCGCCUUCCUAAAAGGAAACAACUUUACUGUAUGUGUUUCCACAACGCAUCUAUCAUACCUGACGAGGAGCCGAGUUUCCUUUCGUCAUUUGAAAUUGCAUAUGGAAAUGUCAAAUAUAAGGAAUGUUUCCAGCUGCUAUUGCAACGCGUCAGGCCACUUGGUAAACGAUCUGAUUUCCACAAGUAAUUUUGACCGACAACAGAAAUGUGGCCCGGCAGCAUCCCACUCGGAUUCUUUUGACGGGCGAUAUGAAUGGUUUUAACCAAAUAGCUUUAGAAGACGUUCCUGUUUGGAUCAUGUUGAUGUGCUGUGAAAGGCAUGACAAACCUUUGUGGUGCCGUGCAACUAUCAAUAACUUUCUUGAGCUUUGCCUCAGCUGUAAAUAACUGGUGACUUUUGUUCCGUUUGUGCAUUUCUUUCUAAGAUGAGUAAGAGGGAGGUAUACACGGACCUCCAAGCAUGGACUAUGAUAUUUAAUGGCCUUAUAUCUGAAUGACCUCACGCUUUAGUCUUCUUCAAUGAAUGUCUUUGUCAUUGAAGCCUCCUACUUUCAAACGUAAAGCACUAUCUCAGUAUUGAAAGAGAAGAUCUACCUAUUUUCUCAGUCUCACAAAGCUACUAUUUUGGUAGAAUUCGACAGUGCACAAAUCAAGCCAAAAAGAGAUUCGUCUUGUAGACAGGUGCACACGUCUAUAUCGAUGUACAUAGAAAUCACACAAAAGCCAUUAUUUCAGUCAUUUAUAAGCUGCUAAAUAAUGCCAAAAAAAACGGUCAUUAUUCUGACGUCACAUUACCUUUUGCUUCACAUAAAUUGGAAUUAUUUCUCAUUUCCAACAGUUUCAUCGUGUAUAUAUUUGUCAGAUUUGUUGUGAAAAUAGUAUGAUAUAAUAUAUACAAUAUGUAGCGCUUCCUAUGUAUUUUAGGCUUUUAGACAUAGCGCUCCAAGUUUUUUUUUAAAUUAGCUAUAUUUCUUCUCGUAUAAAUUAAGGAGUACUCUCAAAUUUGGGUGUUCGAAAACCUACCUGUGUGCCAUCCCAAAUACAAUGUUAUCACAAUACCACUUGUACUAUAUAUAUAUAUGAUUUAUUUAUUCCCAGACGACAUACAGUAUAUCUUUAAAAAAAAAAAAAAAAAAAAAAACAGGCUCCCCUGAACUCUUUCAGGUUGUCAGUGGAGCUGUUUGUUGCUUAUUUUGUAUCAAAGACUACUUUUACAUGCACUUAAAUGGACUGACGUGACGCUGGGACACACGCAAGACGGUGGGCCACGGUGGGCCACGGUGGGCUGGCUUUGAUUCCCGCUGGGCUUUGGCUUGAAGACAAUUCUUGAGGGAUUUCCAAGCCCACUGACAAUUUUCUCUUUCGUCAGUCAGUGCAAAUGCAUUGUUAAAAAGCUGCAAAGCAGUUGCUAAUGCAUGUACAGUGAACAUUGACCUAACGCUAAAACUGCAAUUUGGAUGAUCGCAGUUCAUUUACAGUAAAUAGAUGAUUGGAAACAGACAAUUGCCCGACUGUUUAAAUGUAGAGGAGAGGGGAACAAAAUGUUUCCCGUCAGAGUUUGCACACAGCUUUUUUGUUAUAUUCAGAUGGCUCGAUUAAAAAGCCAAUCGAUGAGUAUUGGGCCUGCACGGUUGAUAAAAAGAAGAGGUUGAAUAAUUGUAGAGGAAAACAAAAGAAAUGAGGCGAAUGCAAGAAAGCAUGUUUCGUACGAUGUUUGGCUUUUAUUGUGAGAGUGGAUGGCUCAAAUAGAGUUUGGCUGUGCCUUGCAGCAAAUUGCUCUCAGGAUGCUUUCACGUUUUCACUUCACUGGCCAAAAGCAGCGGUUACUUGGCAAAAAGCUAUUCUCUUCUAAUAACGAUAUAUUUUGUGAAAACUUGUUCAUGUAAAUCCAGUUGAAGUGUGAAAACUGCAUUGUAAGACUUAGUAUUUGAAUGUAUUUCCAAAUUAUGAUGCACCUUGAGUUGUUGAACAUUGGGUCUUUUGGGCGGCUUUACAUGCGCUGAUGUUAGCAUCCAAAGCUAAUCGCAAUCGUCACGCCGCGAGUGUGGGCCUCGUCAGACCGAUAUCGCGCGUACAGCGGUUGUGUAGUAUAGUUUGAACUUUGGGGCUUAUUUUUUAAAUGAGGAUCCUCGUCAAAUUGAAUGAGAAUUGGGGCUUUAAAACGUCAAGGUGCCACUCUCCUCAUCUAAAGUCAGCCCGACUGCAAGGUGAGGCUCUGAAUGCGUUGGAAGGGAAAUACCGCUUGAAUUGAAUCUGUGUGAUCGAUCACCUGACGGCGCAUCAAAAGCUGCAACUGACAUCUCAAACUCAAGUACAAGAUGCCCAAGUCUCACGCAGAUUUUCAAGUGCUAUUACUCCUUUUAUAGGGAAUUUAUGUGACCUUGAUUAUUUUUCUCAAUGGUAAUUCUUUAAAGAUAUAGAUUUAUCUCCAAUGUUAGCCAAAACGAGUGUGUAUAAACCUCUAAAAAGGAAAAGAAUUCAUGUGUAUAGCCCAAAUUAUUUUUGGGGGGCUUUGCUGACUUUUUGUUGUUGUUGUUGU